AUGGACAUCACACCACGCAGCUCAGGCAACUCCUGGGCCAUCCAUGAAGCCCUCAAUGAUGACCUCGCUCGUACCACCGUCCUCGUUCUCGGUCUCAUGGCCGCCUUUGUCUACAUCUGGCAACUGUCCCAUAGCUUCUCUGCUCACCUCCGCCGUCUCGCCAGUUUCUCCAACGACCGCCAACGCUACUUUCUCUCGCCCGAUAGCACCCUCUCCAAGAUCAAGAACCACAUUGUCUACGCGCCGCUGAUCCGUGGGCGUCAUAAUCGCGAGUUCCAGCUCUCGCGUGCUGUCAACUUUGGCACGCUGCCGUCGCGGUUCCAUAUGUUCCUUAUUGUCGGGAUUGUGGUGAUGAAUGUCGCGGUUUGUGUGGUUACCGUUCCGUACGGUAGCGAUGAGCAUACCGUCUCGGGCAUGGUGAGAAACCGGACUGGUACCAUGGCCACUGUCAAUCUCAUGGCGCUGGUGCUGAUGGCUGGUCGCAAUAACCCCCUAAUCACCUUGCUUCGGGUGCCGUUUGAUACCUGGAACUUGUUACAUCGGUGGCUGGGGCGCAUUGUCGUGCUUGAAGCCAUUGCGCAUACAUUCGCUUGGGCCAUUCCGGAGGCGAACCAGGCAGGCUGGGAUAUGGUGGGGAUGGUGUUUGGGAUGAGUAACUUUAUGCUGGCUGGCUUGGUGGCGGCCUGUGCCUUUACCGGUCUCAUGGUGCACUCUCCCUCACCAAUUCGUCAUGCCUUUUACGAGACAUUCCUUCAUCUGCACAUUGCCAUGGCUGCUGUUGCCUUUGGUUUCUUGUGGGUUCACCUGAAGGGCUUGCCGGCGCAGAACUAUCUUUUGGUUGCUAUCGUUUUCUGGGCUUUGGAGCGAGCUACACGUCUUGUCCGCAUCGUCUACCGCAACUGCGGCCGCAAACUCACCACCGCAGUCGUCGAGGCCCUCCCAGGUGACGCCCUGCGCAUCACCCUCAACCUCGCCCGCCCGUGGACCUUCGAACCCGGUCAACACAUCUAUCUCUACAUCCCCGCUGUCGGCUGGUGGACGGCCCACCCCUUCUCCGUCGCCUGGAGCGAAUCCUCCGAAGUCAUCACCGACGAAAAGGGCAUCCCCAUGACCCACCAAGACGCCCUCAGCACUCACCAAAAAACCUCCCUCUCCCUCCUCGUCCGCCGCCGCACAGGCUUCACCGACAAACUCUUCACCCGCGCCCAGAACGGCAUGGACUCUCGCGUCACCCUCAAAGCCUUUGCCGAAGGCCCCUACGGCAGCAUCCACUCCCUUGACUCCUACGGCACUGUCCUCCUCUUCGCCGGCGGUGUCGGCAUCACCCAUCACGUCCCUUUCAUCCGCCACCUGGUCCAGGGCUACGCCGACGGUACCGUGGCCGCCCGUCGCGUGACCCUUGUCUGGAUCAUCCAGUCCCCCGAACACCUCGAGUGGAUCCGGCCCUGGAUGACAAGUAUCCUGGCGAUGGACCGCCGGCGCGAAGUUCUGCGCAUCAUGCUGUUCAUCACGCGGCCGCGCAAUACCAAGGAAAUCCAGAGCCCCAGCGCCACGGUGCAGAUGUUCCCUGGCCGGCCAAACGUGGACACUCUGGUGGGCAUGGAAGCGGAGAACCAAGUCGGUGCUAUGGGAGUGCUGGUUUGUGGAAAUGGGGGGUUGAGUGAUGAUGUGCGCAAGGUGUGUCGGAAGAGGCAGGAUGGGUCAAACAUUGACUAUAUCGAGGAGAGCUUUACUUGGUAG